AUGACUGGUGUUAUAUGCUAGUGUGUGCUGCCUCUCUCAGUAUUUAUGCUGGGACCCAGCCUCCAGGACAGAGAUCAGAGGACACACAGUGCAGAGAGAGCCCCCAGACUGCCCAGGGGAUGCCAUUCAUUGAACUAGUUCCCAUUGUGUCAUUGUGAGAAAUCACACCUAGUACCAUCUUCAUUCACACCAUUUCCCUGGGAUUUGCCAAGGAGCCUGGAUCUGAAGGGUUAAAGGGUUGGAAUCGUGAUUUCUCUGGGUUUUGGCUGCCAGUAUGGCUGUGGAAGGCUGUUUUACCCUCUCCUGGUGGAUGGGAGCUGGAGUCUGCCUCCUGGCAUGGAGCUCUGUCUGCCAGCUUGGUGCCCAGGGCUGCCCAGCGCUGUGUACCUGCAGUGGGACCACCGUGGAUUGCCAUGGCUUGGGACUUAAAUCGGUUCCUAAAAACAUUCCCAGGAACGCAGAGAGACUAGAACUGAAUGGUAACAACAUUACACGCAUCACCAAGAAUGACUUCUCGGGCCUAAAGCAGCUGCGAGUUUUGCAACUAAUGGAAAAUCAGAUCAACAAUGUGGAACGUGGUGCGUUCGAUGAUAUGAAGGAGCUCGAGAGGCUGAGACUCAACCGAAAUCAACUGCACACACUACCCGAGCUUCUUUUCCAAAACAACCAGGCGCUCUCCAGACUAGACCUCAGUGAAAAUGUUAUUCAGGCAAUUCCGAGGAAGACGUUCCGUGGAGCUACAGAGCUGAAAAACCUACAACUGGACAAGAAUCAGAUCAGCUGUAUUGAAGAUGGGGCAUUUCGAGCUCUGCGAGGGUUGGAGGUUUUAACCCUCAACAACAACAACAUCAGCACCAUUCCAGUUUCCAGUUUUAACCAUAUGCCCAAGCUUCGGACGUUCCGUUUGCACUCUAAUAACCUGUUCUGUGACUGUCACUUGGCCUGGCUGUCUCAAUGGCUUCGCCAGCGUCCGACAAUUGGGCUUUUUACACAGUGUACUUCACCACCUCCGCUCCGUGGCCUUAAUGUGGCAGAAGUCCAGAAGCAUGAAUUUAGCUGUUCAGGUCAGGCAGAUCCAUCCAGUACCCAGCUUUGCAGUCUGUCCAUCGGACUGUGUCCAGCCAUGUGCAGUUGCAGUAACGGGAUUGUAGACUGCCGGGGGAAAGGUCUGACAGCGAUACCUGCAAACCUACCUGAAACCAUGACAGAAAUUCGUUUGGAGCUCAAUGGAAUCAAGUCUGUCCCUCCUGGAGCGUUUUCGCCUUAUAAAAAACUGCGCAGGAUAGACUUGAGUAACAACCAGAUUUCUGAGAUUGCCCCUGAUGCGUUCCAUGGACUGCGCUCCCUUAACUCCCUGGUUUUAUACGGCAACAAGAUAACAGACCUUCCCAAAGGUGUGUUCAGUGGACUUCACGCAUUGCAGCUGCUACUCUUAAACGCCAACAAAAUAAACUGCAUCCGUGCCGACACCUUCCAGGACUUACAGAACCUGUCUCUAUUAUCCUUGUAUGACAACAAGAUCCAGAGUUUAGCAAAAGGAACGUUUGCAGCUCUUCGAGCAAUUCAGACCUUACAUUUGGCUCAAAACCCUUUUAUCUGCGACUGCAACUUGAAGUGGUUAGCUGAUUUCUUACGAACAAAUCCCAUAGAAACGAGCGGUGCGAGAUGUGCCAGUCCCCGACGCCUCGCCAACAAACGCAUUGGGCAAAUAAAAAGCAAGAAGUUUAGAUGUUCAGCAAAAGAACAAUACUUUAUUCCUGGAACAGAGGAUUAUCAACUAAACAGUGAAUGUAAUAGCGAUGUGGUGUGUCCACCUAAAUGCCGCUGUGAAUCAAAUGUGGUGGAUUGCUCAAACCUAAAACUUUCUAAAAUACCUGAUCGUAUUCCACAAUCAACAGCUGAGCUGCGAUUGAACAACAAUGAAAUCACUGCCCUGGAAGCAACAGGACUUUACAGGAAACUUCCACAUCUGAAGAAGAUAAAUUUGAGCAACAACAAAAUCUCUGAAAUUGAAGACGGGGCGUUUGAAGGCGGGGCGUCCGUGAGCGAGUUACAUCUUACAGCCAAUCAUCUGGAGUCUGUCCGUAGCGCCAUGUUCCGUGGCCUAGAAGGUCUUAGAACCCUAAUGCUUCGAAAUAAUCGGGUCAGUUGUGUCCACAAUGAUAGCUUCACUGGUCUUCGGAACGUCAGACUUCUGUCGCUCUACGAUAAUCAGAUUAGCACAAUUACACCUGGAGCAUUCGACACUCUGCAGUCCCUCUCUACACUGAAUUUACUGGCAAAUCCUUUUAAUUGCAACUGUCAACUUGCUUGGCUUGGGGAAUGGCUGAGAAAGAGGAAGAUAGUGACUGGCAACCCUCGAUGUCAAAAUCCCGACUUCUUGAGACAGAUCCCUCUGCAGGACGUGGCCUUCCCUGACUUCAGAUGUGAAGAAGGCCAGGAAGAGCUCAGUUGUGCUCCCCAACCCCAGUGUCCACAAGAGUGCACCUGUCUGGAUACCGUUGUGCGAUGCAGCAACAAGCACCUCUUAUCACUACCGAAGGGCAUUCCGAAGAAUGUGACGGAACUGUACCUAGAUGGCAAUCAGUUCACGAUGGUACCCAAGCAACUAUCUACUUUCAAAUAUUUACAGCUGGUGGAUCUGAGUAACAACAAAAUCAGCUCCUUGAGUAACUCUUCUUUUACCAACAUGAGUCAGCUCACCACGUUGAUACUGAGUUAUAAUUCGCUGCGGUGUAUUCCUCCCUUGGCUUUUGAGGGUCUCCGGUCCUUGAGAUUGUUGUCUGUUCAUGGAAAUGAUAUUUCGGGGCUCUCAGAAGGAAUAUUUUCUGAUGUCACCUCACUUUCUCAUCUAGCGAUUGGAGCCAACCCCUUGUACUGCGACUGCAACCUACGGUGGUUGUCCAACUGGGUGAAGACGGGUUACAAGGAGCCUGGCAUUGCUCGUUGCACAGGCCCUCCUGAAAUGGAUGGAAAGCUGCUCCUUACUACCCCUGCCAAGAAGUUUGAAUGCAAUGGACCUCCAAGUCUGAGUGUUCAGGCCAAGUGCCAUCCAUGCCUCUCGAGUCCUUGUCAAAACCAAGGCACCUGCCAGAACGACGCUGUUGAGUACUACAAGUGUACUUGCCUACCUGGAUUCAAGGGCAAAAAUUGUGAAAUCUCUCUAAACGCCUGUGCCAGCAACCCCUGUGAAAAUCACGGAGUGUGCCACCCCAAAGAAGAAGGCGGCGAAUUCAUAUGUACUUGUGUGGAAGGAUUUGAGGGACCUACAUGUGCAGUGAACAAAGAUGACUGCAAAUACGGCGACUGUGAAAAUGGCGGCACGUGCCUAGAUGGAGUCAACACAUACACAUGUCUCUGCCCACCCCAUUACACAGGUGAAUACUGUGAGCAACUGCUAGAUGUGUGUUCUGCAGAGCUAAAUCCUUGUCACCCAGCAUCAAAAUGCAUUGUAUCUGCCGAGGGGCCAAAGUGUGAGUGUGCUGCCGGCUAUACAGGAGAAAACUGCAGCCUCAAUUACGAUGACUGCAUUGACCAUCGCUGUCAAAAUAACGCCCAAUGUGUGGAUGAGGUCAAUGGCUAUUCUUGUAUCUGCAAAGAAGGUUACAGUGGUCAGCUUUGUGAAAUGCCCCCGCAAGCUGCCUCCUUACCGAGUCCGUGUAAAUUGAUGGAUUGCCAGAACGGUGCCAAUUGCAUGGAACUGGGAAACAAUGCUGUCUGCCAAUGCCUGCCUGGGUUUGGAGGCUUGAAGUGCGAGAAGCUCCUGAGUGUGAAUUUUGUGGAUAGAGACACAUACCUGCAAUUCACAGACCUGCAAAACUGGCCCCGAGCAAACAUCACACUUCAGGUGUCAACUGCAGAAGACAAUGGCAUCCUGUUAUAUAACGGGGACCGUGACCACAUGGCGGUGGAAUUAUACCAAGGGCACGUUCGGGUUAGUUAUGACCCAGGCAGCUUUCCAAGCUCUGCAAUUUACAGUGCAGAGACUAUCAAUGAUGGGCAGUUCCAUACGGUGGAGUUAGUUACCUUUGAUCAGAUGGUUAAUCUGUCUAUUGAUGGCGGCACACCUAUGACAAUGGACAACUUUGGCAAACAUACGCUGAACAGUGAAGCCCCACUGUAUGUGGGAGGUAUGCCAGUCGAUGUCAACUCUGCCGCUUUUAGACUAUGGCAAAUCCUCAAUGGGACCAGUUUCCAUGGCUGCAUCCGCAACCUUUAUAUUAAUAAUGAACUACAAGACUUUACUAAAACGCAGAUGAAGCCAGGAGUAGUUCCGGGCUGUGAGCCGUGUCGUAAACUCCUUUGCCUUCAUGGGAUAUGCCAGCCAAAUACGGCGAACGGGCCUGUAUGCCACUGUGAUGCAGGCUGGGUAGGGCCGCACUGUGAUGUGAAGAUAAGUAACCCGUGCCAAGGGAAUAAGUGUGUGCACGGAACUUGUAAGCCACUGGAUGCAAUGACCUACAGCUGUUUGUGUAAAGAUGGCUAUAAAGGUGCCCUCUGUACCCAGCAAGGAGAACUUUAUAACCCGUGUAAGAAUUUGCAGUGCCAACACGGGCGAUGCCAGAUCUCCGACGUGGGUGAUGCGUACUGUGAUUGCGAUACUGGCUACGUGGGAGAUGUUUGUGAUCAAGAGUCGGAGUGCCGGGGAGAUCCUGUCAGGGAUUAUCACCAAGUGCAGCGAGGAUAUGCCAUUUGCCAAACCACACGCACGGUGUCCUGGGUGGAUUGCCGAGGUACUUGCCAAAGUCAAGGCUGCUGCACGGGAAUACGCACAAAACGUAGGAAGUAUACAUUCGAAUGCAGUGACGGUUCGUCAUUUGUGGAAGAUGUGGAGAAGCCAAUAAAAUGUGGUUGCAGUCAGUGUGUGUAAAAGAGAGAUGAACUGGAUUGUUAAACAUCAUACCGGACAAACAACAAACAGAAGAGAAAUUGGACAAUAAAUUCUGUAAAAUUGGACAUUACUUACUUCCCUUUCAGAUGUGUGAACAUCUUAAUGUCUGUGGCAUUUUAAAAUAUAUGUAUAAACAGCACCUAUUACAUUGAGAAACAAACACACACAUGCUGAUUGGUUGUAUAGUGUUGUAAUCAGUGGGAGAGGUAUAGAAGGGAUCUAUGUAGCGGGUCAAAUGUGUAGAUAGAGAUUUUUUUAAAAAACACACAAAAUGUAUUUAUACACAAUGUGGAUAGAUUUACAUGGAAUACGAAGGAAUUUUUUUUUUUUUUUUUUUUACCAUUGUGACAGUAUUGCAUCAUUGUGUAGCUCAAACACGUUCUACACGUCUUGUUCCCGUUUUAAUUUUAUUUUGGGAGAGUUGAGAUAAGCUGUGGGGAUCACCAUUUCUUUUUUCUCUCCUUAUGAGGCACUUUUAGCUCAUUUAAAUACCAUUUAAUAUCAAAUUGUAUACAUAAAUCAUUAUUUAAUGAAGCAUUGGAAGUCUAUUUUAGCCCGUUGAGUGGCAGAGAGGAGUGAAACACGUUUAUUAUGUGUUAAGCACUCAUAACACAAAGUAAAGCUAUUAUUAAGAAAUCAUAACUUAGGCUUGGCAUUCCAAAUCCCAUUGCCCGUGUUAUAGUAUCGUUGACGAUGGUAUGCGCUCACGAUUCCCUGCCAGUUACAAUUAAUGCACACAGAAUGGUGGAGGAUCGUGGGAAUUAUUAUUCAUGAACAGCUCGAUGGUCAAACGUUCCCCAUGCAUGAGCUAUGGCAUUUACAGACUGCUGGCUUAGCGACAUAUAUCGACACAAUCUGUACAUCUGUCACCCAACAGAAUGUGUCAAUCCACACGUGACUACACGCAAUCUCACCACAAACGGCAAGAUCUGUAAAAAGUGUAUUGUUUGUUAAAAUGCUGGUUUUGUGUUAAACCUACUUAAAGAAUGCCAGCAAUAUAAUAUAAUUUUCCUUAUUAUGAAUUGUACUACUACUGUGGUGCAGAGAUGAUUUAAUACCGCCCCAGUUAUGAUUUCCCCAACAUACAGUCCUGAAUUAAUAAGCUUUUCAAUGCAUGCUACAAGCAAACACAAUGUUACAGUAUAGUAUUGUUAAGAUGGGUAGCGCAUCUUGGAGAUAUAAGAGUUUAUUUACUAAACGGUAGAGGUUUUGGGUUGUUAAUUUAAGGCCAAAUUCACCAGGUUGAUAAUUUCGCUCAAACCUGCUUUAACUGGAGUCUUUCUCCAUUUCGGCUUGGAUUUUGCAAGUUUGUUGUCCCUUUUAUUAAAAUGCAGCCCAUUAGACUGGAAAGAGAAGGCUGACCAGGGAUACCUAAUGGGAAGAGGGCACAGCACAAUCUGAGUUGUCGCUAAUAUAACCUUUGUGAAUAUAAAGGGUAGAUACCGGUUUACUGCCAACAUAUCACUUUGCAAAGUGUUGCACCAAAAUCUGAAACAAGUACCCCCUAAGGAACACACCACUGGCUUUGUGAUUACAUUGACACACAUUGAGGAUCUGUUUAUUGCCUUUUUCCAAUAACAAUCAAAGAGACUCACUAAGCACAGCCAUCCAGCUUCUCGUGGUGGUUAUGAUGCUGGGAGGCUUUGGGUGAGAUUUCCCCAGUCUUGGUUUUUCAAGCAGUUGGGGGGGAAGCAAAGUAUUUUCAGACACUCAAGGCCCACCCCCACUUCUGGAGACCUCACAAUGUGGAAGUGCACUGGCCUAUCCUCUAACCCAAAUAUUUGUACUCUGUAUUUGCCACAAAGUGAUGGGCUUUAAAUAGUAGGUAACUUGACAUGGCCAAACCCUAUCUUAACCUUCAUUUCUUGUCAAACCAUUUUCAUGUGGUUCAACAAAAAACAAAAACAAAAAAAAAACACUUUAUUUUCAAGCCCCCUAAGCACACCUCAAAUUCUCGAAUCACAAAACCUUGUUUUCUGUACUGUGAGCAAAGGCCACCAAACUGACAGAAUAUUCAGUGAGGUUAAAUUUAUAAUCUCUGCGUUUGCUCACAGUACAGAAAAUAGUGUUUUUUUGUUUUUUUGUUGAACCACUUGAAAAUGGUUUGACAAGAAACAAAGGUGACUUCACUGACAGCCUCAGAGUUCCAUAAACUGCAGUGUAACUUUAAAAUCUGUGUUUACUGUAAUAUGUUCGCAAAACUAAAGAAGAUCCAAGUAAACAGAAUCUGUUUUGAUUCUCACCUAACACUAAAGAAAUCGUGUAAGUAAACACUUUUAUGAUGCUCAGUAAAACGCACAACCAGUGCGAACGUUUGCCAUGUCCCGGAUGCAAGCUAUUUCUUAUAAUAAAGGCAAUGUUCUAAAAGUGAAUCAAUUAGCAGAAACAUUUCAUUCGUUUCCAUGGCAAUUGCUCCACUAUUAGAAUUGGCUAGAACAAACAUUUUUAUACAAAAAGGAAGGUUUCUGUAGGCAGUAAAAUGAUCAGAAGUGUUACUUACCUGCAUUAAGUUGUCUAAAUGUUUCCAAUGGCCAUGUCAUUUUUUUUUUCUUCAAUGUCCCGGAUAGGCAGGUAACUGCUAAAAUCAAAAUACACAAAUAAAA